CUCGCGCCAGACGCACCGCGCCGCACUCGUCCGAUGGCGGCGAAGCACGUCCUGUCCGUGCAGUCCCACGUGGUCCACGGCUACGUGGGCAACAAGAGCGCCGUGUUCCCGCUGCAGCUGCUGGGCUUCGAGGUCGACGCCGUGAACUCGGUGCAGUUCUGCUGCCACACGGGCUACCCGAAGUUCGGCGGCCAGGUCCUCGACGGCGACGCGCUCUGGUCCCUGGUCGAGGGCCUCGACGCGAACGGCCUCGCGGCCGGUUAUAGUCAUUUGCUCACGGGCUACAUCGGCAGCGCGACGUUCCUGCGGAGCGUGAUCCGGCUCCUGCGCCUGCUGCGGGAGCGCUGCGGGCCGGACCUCGUCUACGUCUGCGACCCCGUGCUCGGCGACCACGGGAAGUUGUACGUGCCCGAGGACCUCGUGGACAUCUAUCGCGCCGAGGUCGUGCCCCUGGCCACGGUGCUCACGCCGAACCAGUUCGAGUGCGAGCUCCUCACGGGCGUCGCGGUCAACUCGGAGGCCGACGCCGUGCGGGCCUGCGCCGCGCUCCACGCGCGCGGCGUGCCCCUCGUGUGCCUCACGAGUUUGGACUACGUCGGCGGCGACCGCAUCGCCAUGCUGCUGAGCGAGCGUUUGGACGACGCGCGCAGCGAGCAGUACGUGCUCGAGCUGCCGCGGCUGCGGGGACGCUACACGGGCACGGGCGACCUCACGGCCGCGCUGCUCCUCGCGUGGCUCAAAGCGCAUCCCAGGGCCGGAAAAGAGAGCGAAAUUCCCAACUUCAAAGGCUCCUCUCUCGGCCGUUUUCCACUCGUUUUGGCUAAUUCUUGGACGAGCGAUCAUCUCUUGGAACGGUCUUGA